AUGCUGGAAGUGCCUCCGACCAUGGGUGGCUGCGAUCGGACAAGUAUCUUGCCGCUUGAGAAAGCUGCGGAGGUGAUGCAAAGUUUUGCGGAGAAGGCUUGGGAGAAGAGGUUGUUGAGGCGGAGCACAGUCAAAUCUGAACACUCUUCCCAAGGCUCGUUCCUUCCAACAAUCCAACCAGCACUUGUCGAACUUGCCGCCAGCUCACGUCUACCACAUCCUUUGCACGAGACCAUGGAACGCUCCCUCCUCGACAAACUUCCUCUAGAGCUUCGCAACACAGUUUUCGGGUUUGCAAUGUUCUCAGAAGACGGACUACCUCUCCUUUCGCCCGAGCCAGCACUCACACAAACAUGUCGUCAAAUCCGGAUCGACACUUUGCAGCUCUAUUACACAAUAAACACCUUCUUCAUCCUCAUGCCAAACGUGAAGAGCAAAGCUGGUGGACCGAUGGGUAUGCUCAACGGCUGGACGUCGGACGACGAGCUUGUGCCUGCUGCAGAAUCGCUAAUGCAGUCUAUACCCGAGCAUCGGUUUCGCAAGCUGAACAAUCGCGAGCUGCGAGCUGACCUAGAAAUCGUCUUCGUCGGCACGCAUUGGCUGCCCACGAUUGCGGAGAUCCCGGUCGUAGAGUGGCUUGAGAUUCGUCGACCACUUGCAAAGGCGGGUUUCGAUCUCCGGAGAUCCAUGAUUAGGCUUUGGAGACCUAAAAGGCGCAACUUCUUCUCUGUGGUCGUGGCACCAAAGUGGCUGGGUGGAGAUGGCGAUGUAGACAAUCUGAUGGCAACGGGUGAGAUUGUGGAGAUGGCUAGGCGAGCGGUGGAGAUGACGUGGGCUGUUCUGGUGUCAAAGCAAGAGUCGAAUAAGGAUGUGUGA